CAAUCUUCUCGCGUCUGCCUUAUAUCCCUUGUUUCUUGUACAUGAUUUAGCAUUUUGCACCCGGUUGAGCUAUUCAGAUUGAAAUGGUCAUGCCCCCCAGCCCUACGACAUUGUUUCUAUUCUCCAUUCGGUCUGGUUUAUGGUGUUGUUUUUGGUCUUAUUUGCACAGAAUCGGCGUUGUACAAAGAGGUGCAUUACUAUACAGCAUGGGUGGGAUUUUUUAUAUGUCACGGGUGACUUCUUUUCAAUCCUGCGUUGAGGUCGAGAAUUGCAAUGGGAUCGGUCAGUCCGGUGACUAGUCACGAUGAUAACGUUGAAUUUAUAAGAAACAUCUUAAAUUCAUCUUUGCAAA